CCUGUGGGCUGGACGCGCGCGGGGCGCGAGCGGCUGGAGGCUCUGGGGGUCCCCGGGGAGCCAUGCGGGGGACCCCAGCUGCUUUCCUCUGGCGGUGGCCGAAGCUGGAGCUGCUGCGGGUGGCGCUGGUCGUACUGUGCCACGCCACCCGUCCCCAGGGAAGCCCUGGGCCAAUGCAGUGCUAUGGAGUUGGACCCAUGGGGGAUUUGAACUGCUCCUGGGAGCUUCUUGGGGACCUGGGAGUCCCCUCUAUGCUGCACCUCCAGAGCCAGAAGUACCAUUCCAACAGAACCCAGACAGUGACGGUGCCUGCUGGGCAGAACUGGGUCACCAUUCCACGGGGACAUCUCACCACAUCUGACAAGCUCCUUGUCUGGGGGACCCAGAGGGGCCGACCUCUGUGGCCUCCAGUCUUCGUGAACCUGGAAACCCAAAUGAAGCCCAGCGUCCCCUGGCUGUACCCUGACGUGGACUUUUCUCAAGAUGAGCCCCUGGAGGCCACGAUCCAGUGGGCGCCACCCACAUGGCCAUCCCACAAGGUUCUGAUUUGCCAGUUCCACUACCGAAGGUGCCAGGAGUCGAGCUGGAGCCUGUUGGAGCCAGAACUGAAGACCAUCCCACUGACCCCCGUGGAGAUGGAGGACAUGGAGCUCGACACCUCUUAUGAGGUGUCUGGCCGCUGCCGAGUGGAGGAAGAGGAUCUGUGGGGCGAAUGGAGUCCAGUUCUGUCCUUCCAGACACCGCCCUCUGCUCCCAAAGAUGUGUGGGUAUCCAAGAGUUGCUGCCUGACAUCCUGCACACAGGAGCCCCUGCUUCUGUGGAAGGCCCCGGGGCCCUGUGCACAGGUGAGCUACAGGGUGUGGUUCCAGGUUGGAGAGAAGAAUCUGCCUCAGGAAGAGGUCCCCUGUUGCAGGUCUCCUGUCCCCAUGAGGGCGGAGUGGGCUGCAGUGUCUGCUGUCAACACCACCACUUGGGCGUCUCUCACCAACCUCUCUUUGGUCUGUUUGGCCCCUGAGUCUGCCCCCCAUGGCGUGGAGGUCAGGCACAUUGCUGGGAGCCCAGAGCUACUGGUGACCUGGCAGUGGGGGACCGGGGAUCCAGGGGAGUACGUGGUGGACUGGGUUCGAGACGGUGACCCCCAGGAGAACCUCAGCUGGGUCCGGCUCUCCCCAGGGAACCUCAGUGCAUUGUUAUCAGGGAAUUUUGAAGAAGGGGUCCCCUAUCGAAUCACGGUGACAGCAGUGUCUCCUGCGGGCUUGUCCCCUGCCCCUUCAGUCUGGGUGUUCACAAAGGAACUAGCACCCCUACUGGGACCAGCACUUUGGCGACUCCAAGAUGACCCCCCAGGGACUCCUGCCAUAGCGUGGGGAGAAGUCCCAAGACACCAGCUACGGGGCCACCUCACGCACUAUACCCUGUGUGCACAGAGCGGAACCAGACCCUCCGUCUGCACAAACGUGAGCAGCAGCACCCGGACUGUCACUCUUCCCGACCUUCACUGGGGUCCCUGUGAGCUGUGGGUGACUGCGUCCACCAUUGCGGGACAGGGACCCCCUGGUCCCAGCCUCCGGCUUCACCUACCAGAUAACGCCAUGAAGUGGAAAAUUCUGCCAGGUGUCCUCUCCCUGUGGGUUCUGUUCCUCAUGGGCUGUGGCCUGAGCCUGGCCACCUCGGGAAGGUGCCUCCACCUGCGACACAAGGUGCUGCCCCGCUGGGUCUGGGAGAAGGUGCCUGAUCCUGCCAACAGCCAUUCUGGCCAGCCCCACAUAGAGGACGUGUUCCAGACCCCACCCCCCCAGGACUCACCCAUCCUGGAGGUGGAGGAGAUGGAGCCAUUGCCCAUGCCGGAGACCCCCCCGGCCUCAACCCCUCUUCACUUUGGAUACGAGAAACACUUCCUGCCCACGCCUGAGGAGCUGGGCCUUCUGAGGCCCCCCAGUCCCCAGGUCCUGGCCUGAGCCUUGCCAGCCCUGGGUUAGCCUGCUUGACAGGUGAAGAUGCUGAGGCUCAGAGAGGCUGAGUCACCUGACUGAGGACACACAGCCAGGCUGGAGCUAGAAGGGCCCCUUUGGAGAAGGCCCGGCCUCAGCAGGGAAGACACAGAUGGAUGAAGGAACAAAGGAAAAUACAUGAAAUUGAGACUGGCAGCUGCCUCCCCAAAUGUGUCCUGCUGAGGAGAACCACCUUUGGGUCUAAUCCCAGCCUCCCUUGCAGCUAGGUCGGCCAUGGACUGAGUUCUCCACAGAUGUGGGCACAAGUGACAUGUGCCCCCAAGGACCCAAAAACACUGGGUGGGGGUCCUCCACACUCUGCCUUUGCCUGUGUGUGGGAACAAGCACAUGGUCAGCUCUGGCCUACCCGCGGUGACAGUGGGACAAGAAAUGGGAGGGAACCUGAAUCCCUGGGUGAUACCGUGGAGCAGAGCCUGAAUCCCUGGGUGAUACCGUGGAGCAGAGCCUGAAUCCCUGGGUGAGCACAUGGAGCAGAGCCAUAGUAAACUUUU